GUCCCUCCCAGGUCCCUCCUAGUGCCUCCCAGUACAUCCCGGUUGCCUCCUAGUACAUCCCAGUUGCCUCCCAGUACGUCCCAGUUCCCUCCCAGUGCCUCCCAGGCUUCCCAGUACGUCCCAGUUCCCUCCCAGCGCCUCCCAGCUCCUCUCACUGCCUCCCAGUACAUCCCGCUUCCCUCCAUGCACCUCCCAGUUGCCUACCAGUGA